CCAGAAUACUGGCUAAUGAACUCAACUCUCAUAUUUUUUUUUCUCUCUAAAAAAUAAUUAAUUUACUACUAAUUUGCUAUAUAACUACUUCCCCUCCCCGGGUGCAUUAUGCCUUUGUUGGGCAGUAAAUUGACGGUUUCACAUUCAAAUAUGGAAGCUUGUAUGGUUUCAUGCACACCCAAAUCGCAAUUUCUCCAAUUUAAUCUCUACCCAGCUCUCAGCUCUCUUGAUUUUUUCCAGAGCAUCAAACUUAAACACAAACUGAAGUCUGUAAUUAUCUCGAGAAGAAAGUUCUGGCAACCACAUGCAUUGGUCAUUGCAAGUGAACAACCUCAAAAUUCUGAUUUUCCGCGUUAUUAUUCAAGGAAGGAGAAGAAACCUUUUCCUGUACCGAUAGUGGAAUUAAGACGAGCUGCUAGGCAGAGACUCAAGGAGAGGCUCAAGAACAAGAAAGGCCAACCAAGAGGGCGAGUCCCUCCUCCGAAGAAUGGCAUGGUUAUUAAGAGUCUUGUACCAGUUGCUUAUGAUUUGUACAAUUCAAGGAUUAUACUGAUUAACAAUCUCAAAAAAUUGUUGGAAGUGGUUCCUGUUCAUGCUUGCGGGUGGUGUAAUGAAAUCCAUGUGGGACCUUUGGGACAUCCAUUCAAGUCAUGUAAAGGUAAAUAUGCUACCCUUCGCAAGGGCAAUCAUGAGUGGAUAAAGGCAGCUAUUGAAGAUGUACUUGUGCCUAUAGAAGCCUACCACCUCUUUGACCGCCUACAGAAGCGUAUUACUCAUGAGGAGAGGUUUUCAAUCCCUCGAAUUCCCGCUGUAUUAGAGCUUUGCAUCCAAGCUGGUGUCAAUAUUCCUGAAUAUCCCACGAAGAGGAGAAGAAAGCCUAUCAUCCGCAUCAGUAAGCAUGAAUUUGUGGACGCGGAUGAAAGCGAUUUACCGGACCCUGUUCCAGAGUAUGAAAAGCCGCUACUAAUGGAAAUACCCAAAUCAGAAAUAGUAGUUCCAUCUGAUGAAGAAGUAAAAUUCAUUGCUGAUGAAACAAUACGAGCAUGGGAGAAGAUGAGGAAAACAGCCAAGAGGCUAAUGGGGAUAUACUUUGUGAGGGUUUGUGGAUAUUGUCCGGAGGUGCAUGUCGGACCCAGCGGGCACAAGGCGCAGAACUGCGGGGCCCACAAGCACCAACAGCGAAAUGGGCAACAUGGUUGGCAGGCGGCUGUGCUUAACGACUUGAUACCACCUAGAUAUGUGUGGCAUGUUCCUAAUGUAAAUGAGCCAUUGCAACGGGAGCUCAGGAACUUCUACGGACAAGCCCCUGCUGUUGUGGAGAUCUGCAUUCAAGCUGGUGCAGUUGUGCCAGAAGAGUACAAAUCAACCAUGCGGUUGGAUAUUGGGAUACCCUCCAGUGUUAGCGAAGCCGAUAUGGUUGUUUGAGGUCCAGAUCAAGCAGCUCAACAUCCAACAGGGGUGCUUCAUCAACGCAAGAGUUUACCAAAAUGUCCAAUAAGAAUGGCCAUGGGAGGUUUUAUUUUUGUUGCUACUAUUGGUUAUUUUACUUUAUAUUCCAAGAAAAAACCUGAAGCUUCUGCAUUAGAUGUUGCCAAAGUUGCUACUACUUCUAACAUCAAUCCUACCAAAUAGAACACCACCUUCAAAAUUAUUCUUUUUUUUAUCUUUAUUGUUAUUUUUUUAUUAUUCCAAAAUAAAUCAUAAUUUUUUGUGUUUUUUACAA